CAAUAAUGCAAAACCACCUGCUCCCAUUGGGUGAUGACUCAGAAUGGGCGAAGCCUCUGGGAGACAGUUGUGCUGGUUUUCAGGAGCUCAGCUCAGGACAAAGGGUCACCUACGGAUAUUUGGAAGAAUAAAGAGCGAUGACCACGCCUGCGGGCUCUGGCGCUGGCUUCGGUACUGUGUCCUGGUGGGGUCUGUCCCCGGCGCUGGACCUACAGGCUGAAAGUCCUCCUGUAGACCCAGAUUCACAGUCGAAAACAGAGCACAAGGUCCCAGAGCUGGAUGCCCUGCUGUUAGGUUCGGUGGAUGGGAGACACAUGCUGCGGACGCUGGCCAGGGCAGCGCUCUGGCCUCUCAGGAGGUUCAAUUUUUAUGUGCUGGAGAAUAAUCUGGAAGCGGUGGCCCGACACAUGCUGAUCUUCAGUCUAGCCCUAGAGGAGCCUGAGAAGAUGGGGCUCCAAGAGCGGACUGAGACCUUCCUGGAGCUGUGGGGGAACGCGCUGCUGCGACCCUCGGUAGCUGCCUUCCUGCGCGCUCAGGCUAGCCACCUGGCUAAUCUGGUCCCAGAGCCCGAUCGCCUGGAGGAACAACUGCCCUGGCUUAGCCUUCAGCUACUCAAGUUCCGCGAGCGGGAUGCCCUGGAGGCCGUGUUCCGCUUCUGGUCAGGUGGGGAGAAGAGACCCGAAGUCUUCCCCAUGAGUUGCCUUUGGGACUCGAGGUUGCGCCACUACCUGGGUUCCCGCUACGAUGCCCGGCGUGGUGUUGCCGACUGGGACCUGCGCAUGAAGCUGCAUGACCGAGGGGCCCAAGUCAUCCAUAUCCAGGAGUUCCGACGCUGGCGGGACACAGGUGUUGCCUUUGAACUCAGAGACUUGAGUGCUUACCACGUGCCCAACAAGACUCUCGCGUCCGGUCGCCUCCUGAGCCACCGUGGGGAACGCGUGGCUGCGCGCGGAUACUGGGGGGACAUCGCCACGGGGCCCUUUAUAGCUUUUGGCAUCGAGGCGGACGACCAGAGCCUCUUACGGACUAGUAACGGACAGCCAGUCAAGACUGCAAGCGAGAUCACACAGCACAAUGUUACAGAGCUAUUCAGAGAAGUGGCCGCUUGGAGGGGCCCGAGAGCCAUCCAGGGGAAAGUAGAGGAGACAGAGUCGCCCGAGCCAGGCGUGCCUGCUCAAGAACCCUUCACUAUCCACUUUCUGCCCCUCGACUCUUCACAGACUCUCCACCACAAGACUUGCUACCAGGGCCGGUUCCAGCUCCUCUAUGUGUCCUGUGGGAUGGUCCAUCUUCUCAGCCCUGAGCUCGGGGCUUGCGUGGCCCCUGGAGGGAACCUGGUUGUGGAAUUAGCUCGGUACUUGGUGGACCUGCGGCCCAAGGAGUUGCAAGCGUUCUCUGACCGAGUUGUGGAGAUAGCGCGGGUGGCUGGGUUUGCCCCUCACACUACCACCAAACCCUCAGAGACUUUUGCACGCUUCUACAAGUUAGGGGACUCUUCUCGGGGUGUUGGCGACUCAGCUGUGGAAUCUGGACCUGCACCCUCCAAAGUCCUAACCCUUCCCCCAGAGUCGAUAAGUCCACCCCAGGCUGACCAGGCCCCCUUUCUAGAGGCAGUGAGCCCAACCCAGGAUGACCAGGCCCCAUCUCUAGAAUCGAUGAGCCCAACCCAAGAUGACCAGGCCCCGUCUCUAGAAGCAAUUAGCCCACCUCAGGCUGACCUGGCCCCAUCUCCAAAGGUAACGAGUCCACCCCAGGCUGAUCAGGCCCCAUCUUUAGAAUUGAUGAGCCCAAUCCAGGCCGACCAAGCCUUGCCUCUAGAAGCAGUUAGCCCACCCCAGGAUGAGCUAGUCUUUCCUCUAGAAGCAAUCAGCCCUCCCCAAGCUGACCUGGCCCCCUCCUCUGGAAGUGAUGAGCCCACUCCAGGAAGCUCUGGCAAUGUACCUUCAAAACACGUAACAUGAACCCCAGGGACCAAGUAACCCACCUUCAACCGCUGAAGCAGGCCCAGGCAGGGACUGACACCAGCUCAGCCCACCGCCCCAAUGCUGUUUUACUCUGCGUUCCUUCUCAACCCCAGUGAUAUAACUAGAAUUUCAAAUUCCUUUCCUGGAACUCUCAGUUCUACUCUUUGAGGUUGGGGUGCCGGUCCUAGAUUGUUAUCUGAGACUUACCUUGACAAGAUGGAGGAUCGAAGGCUGAAGGUCCAACCCUGGACUCCAGAUCCUCUCUUUUGUCUUAGGCCUUUCCUGACAUGCUACUUUUGGGAAGGACAAGGACAUAGCCCUACCUUGAAUGUCAUUCAAAUAAAAAGCGCAGUGUCA